AUGGGAGCUUAUAAAUACAUCAACGCCCUUAAUAGAAAGAAACAAAGUGAUGUCUUAAGAUUCCUUAGACGUAUUAGAUGCUGGGAAUUAAGACAUCUCCCAAGAAUUCACCGUGUUGCACGACCAACUAACCCAGAAAGAGCUAGAAGAUUAGGAUAUAAACCAAAAGACGGAUUUGUCAUUUACUCAGUUAGAAUUCAUAGAGGAAACAGAAAGGUUAGUGCCAGAAAAGGUAUUGUUCACAGAAAGCCAGCUUGCCAAGGUAUUCAUAAGAUUAAGAGAGUCAAAUCACUUCAAGCCAUUGCAGAACAAAGAGUUGGAAAACACUGUGGAGCUCUUAGAGUUCUCAAUUCAUACUUCAUUGGACAAGACUCAACUUACAGAUUCUUUGAAGUCAUUCUUGUUGAUCCAUUUAACGCUGCCAUUAGAAACGAUCCAAAGAUGAAUUGGAUUUGUGCUGAUAAACAAAAGAGAAGAGAAGCUAGAGGACUUACUUCAGCUGCUAAGAAAUCAAGAGGAUUCACUGGUAAAGGAAGAAGAUAUAACAAGAUUGGUGCUGGUGCUCGUGGUAAUUUGAAGAGAAGAAACCUUCUUCAACUUAAGAGAUACAGAUCUUAA